GGCCUCCCCCUCACUCAGCCCCGCAGGAUUCACGCAGAGCCACGCAGGAGGGAGGACCGCAGAAAACCCCUCCGUGCUCCGUCAGACUCAUGGACUCUGCUCCACCAGCAAGGAACCAUGACCUGUGCGUCUGAGUGAAGAAGAAGGAGAAGGAGAAGGAGAAGGAGAAGGAGAAGAAGAAGGAGAAGAAGAAGGAGAAGAGUUCUUAGAUUCAUCUUUCCACCAGAGGAGACUUUUUAAGACAUGUUUCUUUUGGGAUGUCUCCUGAGCCUCGCGCUCCUGGGCUCCACCCGGACUCUGGCUCCGGACCCCGGAGCAGGACUCGACUUCCUGGAGGAUAUUUUACACUUCUAUGGAGAAAACGCGUCUAUUUCCACGCACGACCUGAAGGACCUGCUGCUGCUGAUCUCCGCCAGGAGGUCCGAGUCCGUGUUCCUGCACAAUCCUCUGGCGAACCAAGAGUGUCUCUCAGCCGAGCAGAUCUUGUCCCACUUCGGGAUCGGUAACGUCAGUCAGCUGAACGUGGGACAUCUGGGGACGAUCUGUCCGGCCGUGUUGACCCAGGUGCUGCUGCCCUCCUGCCCCUACUCUGAGUCCGAGACCCUGGGGUCCGCCGACUACUCUGUGUGGGGUUACGGGUUCCUGGCCGUCACCAUCAUCAACCUGGCUUCUCUGCUCGGCCUCCUGCUGAUUCCAUUCACCAAGAAGUCCUACUUCCCCAAAGUGCUGACCUACUUCAUCGGCCUGGCCAUCGGGACGCUGUUCUCCAACGCCGUGCUGCAGCUCAUUCCAGAGGCGCUGGGCUUUGAUCCCAAACGGGACAACUAUGUGUGGAAUGCAGUCGGAAUAUUCGGAGGCUUUUAUCUCUUGUUCGUUGUGGAGAAGAUUCUGAGGCUGGCUCUGCGGAUGGAUCACGAGCACGGCCACAGCCUCUUCGCUCCUCCAGAGGUGACUCAGGAGAACUCCCUGCAGAACGGAGACAUAACGGAAAAGAGUGACUCCAUCAUUUUGACUGGAAUCAGCACCAUCGCCUUGGACAAGAGCAGCCUGAGCCCAGAUUCUCAGGACGUCCAGGACGCGGGUCAGAUGUGCCGAUGGCUGCGUGGGAAACGCGUCUCUGACAUCAAGACGGUGGCGUGGAUGAUCACCCUGAGCGACGCGCUGCACAACUUCAUCGACGGCCUGGCCAUCGGGGCUUCGUUCACCGUGUCCAUCCUGGCGGGGUUCAGCACGUCCACUGCCAUCGUGUGCGAGGAGUUUCCUCAUGAGCUGGGAGACUUUGUGAUCCUGCUGAACUCUGGCAUGAGCAUCCCACAAGCCAUUUUCUUCAAUCUGCUGUCGGCGGUUUCGUGUUACGUCGGCCUCGCGUUUGGAAUUCUGCUCGGGAGCAACUUUGCCCCCAACGCAAUCUUUGCCAUCGCAGGAGGAAUGUUCCUGUAUAUUGCGCUGGCGGAUAUGUUCCCAGAGAUGGACAACAUAGCCCGGGAACAGCACCGGACUUCAGACAAGGUGGUUUUCUUCAUGAUCCAGAACGCCGGCCUGCUCACCGGGUUCGCCAUCAUCCUGCUGAUCACCGUGUUCGCAGGCGAGAUCCAACUGGGAUAGAGGAGAGGAACACGAACUGGGAAUCAGACAGUCGUGAGCUGCUUCCGUUUCUGCUGACUCGGCUCCCUCAGUGAAUGUGAAGGGAACGUUUUGUACAAAGAAAACUAAAUGUGUAAAGGACUUUAAAAAAAAAAAUCUUUCUACUGUUGAUUUAGUGAAAUGUUUACUCCUUGAAAGGGAACCAAUCUUUACAAUCAUUUCAUGUAUGAAAUCUAGACAAAUUUAUUUUAAGGGGGAAAUAAAUUAUUUUUUUUAGUCUUCA